AGUGGAACCAUCGCGACGUACUGAUGACAGCUCGUAAUGCUGGUAUCUUUGCGGUAUCUUUUGCCUUACACCAUGGCCUUGUCUGGUCCGAAGGUUUUAUUUUAAAAGUCCGAAAAUUUCGAAGCGGUACCUGCGCCCGUACCUUCUUAUCGCCCAAGCCUUGGCAAGAGCAAGGGCCAAUGACCAUCCACUCCAACAACCAGUACCAGACGCAAACCAAAGCAGUGCAAACUUCCUCCGACUCAGCUCAUCGAUUUCAUCCCAGAAAGGCUUAGAUUUGACCAAUAACGAUCUCCCGACCAUGGCAUACACUUCGGACUGGGAUUCCUCAGACGCUUUCUCGAGCGUUGUUGAUGCGCUUGUUGAAUCUCUUCUGAAAGCUCUAAGCCUGAAGAUCAAUGCUCGACAAAAUGUGCUGCAAGUGACCGGCAGCGUGAAAGAGACUUUCAAAAUUCAGGUUCACUCUCCUGAAGUACUGAUUCUGACGAUUCAGAGGGCAGGUCGCCUGAAGUUGUCAUUGUUGCGUUCUAGUGACUUUCUCGCCCAUGCAGAAGGCACGGUAGGGCUUCAAAGGGCCAACGAAGAAGGCGUUGCUUAUCAGCGGACGUAUCGGUCGGACAAAGGAGGCUACGAAAGGGUUUUCAGUGUCAGUCAUGGCGAUGUCUUUUGCAUUUCAAUGGAAGCACAUCAUUUUUGCAGUGCUGCCAUUCGCCGAGGUUGCACUUGGGUGGAUUGUUCCCUGGAAUACGAUGGGUAGAUUGUCUUCUCUACCGUAAGGAAUAGCAUGACGUUCCUAAAUGCUGUCUUUCACCAAUAUCAUCGUCUCUUCGUCCUGUGCCCGCACUGACUGACAAAUGCAUAGAUUACAACAACACAAUAGCUAGUUUUACAC